UAAGCUGUUUGAUCACUUACUAAGACAGUUGUGAAAAUAAAAGAGAAGACGAGAUGAGAAUUUCAUAAAAAGUGCAUUAUAACAAGGUUUUAAAAGUGCACUUUUCCAAAUCCUGGAGUUGGUAUAGGAGUGAAGGUAAUAAAUAUACAUAGACUGGGCGAAUCAGUUGGCUCCCCCAACAAUCACUCCGGCAGGCUCAGCUGCAAUCGUUCUGAAUGUGGCGGGAUGGAGUUGAACAGUGAAUCUAUUUUUAAAGUUUGAGUCUUUUAUUACCUUAUACAGAAGAGUCCAAGGGAGGUAAAAAUAUAGACGAGGAGGAGUUAUGGAUUAAGUAACCACUGUAUCCGCACUGAACUGCGGGAGAAACUUAUCCAGAUGAAAUUCGUGUGAUUAUGGAUGCGUUUCGGUUUCAUUUCCGCUGAUUUGAAUUCCUUUGAUGUACUUACUGUGUUUGGUUAAUUCUCAAGUAGAAUCUGUUACUCAUGGGAACUUCCACUCCAUCCAUAGCUUCUUCUUGUUCAUUUAAAACCCUAAAACUACUUCAUUCAACAUCCUCUUCUUCUUCUUUGGGUUUUAGAGUAGGGUUUCUUUCUUCAUCUUCUAAAACCUUAAAAUUUCUUCUUAUUCGUGUUUCUAACAACAAUGUCUCGUUCCCUAUUGGAUCAUCUCUUCUUGCAUCUCGUAUGAUGGUUUCAGUUCCCGAUACUAAACGUUUGACUGCUCUUGAUUUUGAAACCUCUGUGUUUUACAAGGAGAAGGUCACUCUUGCUGGAAAUGACGAGUAUGUUGUUAGAGGAGGAAGGCAUUUAUUCCAUUUGUUGCCUGAAGCAUUCAAAGGAAUUAAGCAGAUUGGUGUUCUUGGUUGGGGUUCUCAGGCUUGUGCACAAGCUCAGAACUUGAGGGAUUCACUUGCAGAAGCCAGAUCUAACAUUGUUGUCAAGAUUGGAUUGAGGAAGGGAUCCCGUUCUUUUGCUAAAGCACGUGCUGUUGGUUUUACUGAGGAGACUGGAACUCUGGGUGAUAUAUAUGAAACAGUAGCAGAGAGUGAUCUUGGGCUGCUAUUACUUUCUGAUUCUGCACAGGCAGAUAAUUAUGAGAAAAUAUGCUCCCACAUGAAACCUAACAGCAUUCUUGGACUCUCUCAUGGAUUCCUCCUUGGACACCUACAGUCCCUAGGGCUUGACUUCCCUGAAAGUGUGAGUGUGAUAGCUGUGUGCCCCAAGGGCCUGGGUCCGUCUGUCAGAAGACUUUAUGUUCAAGGGAAAGAGAUAGAUGGUCCUGGAGUUAAUGCAAGUUUUGCCGUCCACCAGGAUGUUGAUGGUAGAGCAACAGAUGUCGCCUUAGCAUGGUCUGUUGCUCUUGGUUCUCCUUUGACAUUCUCCACUACUCUGGAACAAGAAUACAAGAGAGACACUUUUGGAAAACACGAUAGCCAGGAAACUGAAAGACGGAGAAAGAUAGGGUUUGCAAACAAAGGGAGAACACCAUGGAACAAAGGAAAGAAACACAGUGCCGAGACUCGUAAGAAGAUCAAACAAAGAACCAUAGAGGCACUGAGUGAUCCCAAGGUGAAGUCAUAUGGGAAACUUGUCAAACAAAUUCCAGUCCGACAUCUGAAUUACUUCUGCUACUAUUUACUUUGUAAUUUCUUAAUGUGUUUCUUUCAUCUUCAGGUCAGAAAGAAGAUGUCUGAGUGUCCCCGCGCUCAUAGUGAGGAGAACAAGAUAAAAAUAAGCAUUGCUCAGAAGAAAAUGUGGAGAAAACGUUUGCAGAUGAAAAGACUGAAGGAUGAAUUUUAUCUGAAGUGGGCAGAAAGAAUUGCAGAGGCAGCUAGGUUAGGCGGGUGUGACCAACAGGAACUAAAGUGGGAUAGCCAUGAAAAGAUCACAGAGGAAUUGGUUCUUCAACAGCUUCAGUUGACUGCAGAUAAAGCAAGGGAAAAAGAGAUUGCAAAACUAAGAAGAGCUAGAGCAGCGAAGGAAAGAGAGGAGAAGAUGGCUAGAAUUGCCCAGAGGAGAAAAGAGAGGAUAGAAAAGGAGAGGGAAGAAAAAUCAAAACCCAGAGUAGAAAUAAAGAGAAAGACACGUAGAAAAUCAGCAGAAGAGAAGCAACUACUGGCUCUUUCCAAGGGCUCAAAACUCAAGGAAAAAUUGACGAAGAUUCGCCGUAAGAAGACUGUUGAUGGUCAAGGAGUGGUGACAACCGGCAAUCAACCAGCAAUUGAGAAAUUGGAUUUAGAGUUUAUAGAAAGAGAGAGACUACGAAAGGAAGUGUCGCUUGCGGAUCAGAUUCGAGCUGUAAAAAAGAUGAGAGAGGAGUUAAACAAGGAACCUCUUGCCAGAGCCAUGUUUUAGAUUAAGCCAGCUAGAUCAUUUGCCUAGAGUCGAAGUGUUUAGGCUUGGGCUGCUCAUGUCAAAGUUAAUAGGCUGAAAACUAAAUUAGUAGUAAGAACAUAGAGUUGAUUUAGGUUUAGAUUUUGCUAUAUUUUUUUUAUUUUUUUUUUCUCCCAUUCUCCUUGUAAGAACAAAUAAGAGCACCAACAUCGUCUACCUUCAUUUAUCAAUCAGUUUUGAAAUUGUUAAAGGAAAA